AUGAACUCAAUUCCAUGGGGAGACGUAGAGGAGGAUCUUCUACGCGAGAAAUUACGCCAAUUAAAACAACUGCAGGAGAUUAAGACCAACGACCUGGUCAGCAAUUAUUUAAUUCCUUUCAUCCUGCUGGUAAAUAAAAUUAUUGCGAAGAGUGAAGAGGCCAAACGAGGGGCAGAGCUGAAGCAGGAAAAGAAAAAAAAAAAAAUUAUCGAAGAAAAUAUACAUAAGAUAAAGAAAAAACUAACCGAAAGCAAAAAUGGGGAAAAUUUCAAAAGGGAGGAAAUGUCGUACCAGCGGGAUGGGUGGAGUACACUGGAUGGUGGGGAUGACCUGAGGGAAAGACUACCAGACGCGUUAACAGCGGAAGAGAACAACGACGCCAGUCAGGUGGACAAGAAAUGUAACUUUUCACAACUGUGUGAGGACCUAAUGGAGGGAUUCCACAUGUGCAUAUCUCUGCUGCUGAGGGGUAUGAAGGAGGGUAGGGGUAAACCCAUUCGAGAGGAGGAGGACAAAACGGAGCAGAGCGACGUUAGCAGCAGUGGCGAUUGCCCCUCUGCGCGAAGGGGACGGUGGGCCUUCCAUUUCAGCCUGCUGUACCUCGCGCUCUGCUUUUAUCACAUGCACCUCAUAAGUGACGAAACGGGAAAGCAGCACCUACACGUCAGCCUCUUCCUCCUCCUGGUUUCCUUCCCACACUUUAAGGACAAAGAAAUUGAGCACUACGUGUGCGUAGACGGAAAGGUCUACCUGAGGUUCGACGUAUCUGUGGCAAGGCUCCUCUCCCGUGUGUGUAAGAUCGUGGGGUUGAAUUGUAAACGGGAAGGGGACGCCCACUCCUGCUUGUUCUUCCUAACGCACAGUUUUUUCUUCAUCCAGUGUGCUCACCAGGGAGGGGGUGCGCCGGAGGGAAAAGGGGCAGACGCGGGAAAAGCAACGGCUAACAGAGAGGAAGAGAGAAAAAAGUACAACUCCUUCCAAGACAUGGUAAACAUUAUCCAGCACAUCAACCAAGUGUUCAUCGAGUUUAACUUCUUCACGGCAUCCACUUUCCUUGCGAUGAAAAGUAUCGAUCUGCACUCCUUCCUCCUGAGGAGUGACAUAGAAGAGGUGAGGAAGGAGUGCAGGUCGAUGCCUCCCAUGGUGAAGGAAGAGCCCGUAGUGGGAACCCCCAAGGAGAGCCCCCCUUGUGAUGAACUUGUCUACCUGAAUGAGGAGUUAACACAACAGGACUGCCACUUUUAUGUGGACGCCAGUUAUGUCGGUGAAGAGAAAAGGAUCAACACCCAGAUGGAGAAAAAGCUAGACAAAAUAAUGGAAACAACCACAUCCCUUUUCGACAGCAUAAACGAAUGCAUCUACCUUUUCAUGGAUUUGCACCUUCUUAGCAUUUACGAGCACCUUGUUUUGUUUUCCCUCUACAUGGCCAAAGACGUGAGCAAGCUAUUUCAUCAAUUCAAGGGAGAAAAAAAAAAAAAAAAACUUUCGCACCGGUACAAGUACAUGGCGUAUAGGAACUUGCUCGAGAUUUACAUCCUCUAUUUGAAACAUAAUUAUUUGCGUUAUGCAAAAAAUGGAGGAGGAGACAACGACACCUACGUAAGGGCGUGCCAAAUUUAUAGACGCAUGGACGAGGUCAAGCGGACCAUUCGUUCGUUGCUUCAAGGGUGUGGUGGCAGGAGCAACACACAUGUGGGUGGUCACCCAAUGGGGAGGAAAAAAGAGAAUGUAGGAAAAGAGGAAAACACGACAAGGAGUUGCAGAGAAGUGGGGAAAAUCCACCCUAGGGAGUACUUCCACAGGAACAAAAUUUGCAUUCGCCCUAGCGUCAUUGACCAGGGGAAGGAUGACCUUGGAGUAGCUACCUUCCUGGAAAGCACCAUACGGGUGAGCACCCCUGAUUUGAAGACUAUGCCAAAUGGGGAGCCCACUCAUUAUUCACGUCGAGAGAAAAUUCCAUCGAAACUGCUUGGAGAUAAUUUCUCCCUCGUGGGCGAUAGCAACAUCGCUUACCAGUUUAUACGAGAACAAAUAGUGCACAGUAAUAUUUUCAACUUUGACGUGGAUGAAGAGGCGGAGGGGGAAAUUGGACAGAGUCAGUCUGUCCUCCUUGGGGCGAAUGAGCAAAUGUCCUUUUCUACAUUCCUUCGGGGGAAGGUAAAACAAGUGGAUGGUUUUGUGGGGGAAAUAUUCUCCCAAAUUUGGGAGGAAUUUACACGGGUGGACACUUGCCCAAGCGCCACAGAAGCAGAAUCGACAACACUAAUCGGCUCUACUUCAGUGAAAAGUGAUGCCCCCCCUUGGGUAAAUAUCCAGCUGGACGAGGACCACGCCGCGGAUUUCCUCCAAAUCUUCCAAUUUGAAAAAGUUAACCUCCCCCAUAUGCAAUUUGAAGUCUGCAAUUUUGACGACGCAGAGUAUGGUAAGUUAGCCACAGAUAAGAUGAAAAAGCUGUAUAGAGGUUUCUCCAAGGGUAGGGCUGACCAACAAUCUGAGAAGUGGAACCUCCCUUCUGUGGGGAUCCCCCCAAAAGGGGAACAGUCCACCUGCAUAGGGCACUGCGAACAUGCACAUUACCUAUGCCACAACUUUGAAGAAGUACAGUUUUUAUUUAAGAAGGUAAAAAAAUAUAAAAAAAAAACGCUCACAUAUUUCUCCCUACAAAACGAGACAACAUUACACUUAGAUAUCCUCCUGAAUUCAAGUGAGUCCUACUUUUACUUUAACUUCUUUACCAAGUCGUAUGAGGAGUACAUGCACAACUGCAGGGAGAUGCUAAAUUGUAUUAGUGCCCCCUUGGCGCAAAUAACACACGAGCAGUACUUGUCCUAUCGACGAGAGAUGGCUCUCAAAUGUGCACUCAUCCUGAAGGACAUUUUCAUCUGCGUAAAAUGCAACACCCUUAUCGAUAACAUGCACGUGAAUGACCUUAACAGGAACAGGAACCUACACUUCGAUGAUCACAUCGGGGGAUCCCUCACAGGGCAGGAGAAGGGACUAAUCCUACAAAUUGUGAAAUAUUACCUCUUCUUUUUGAGUACCUACCAGAUUGACAGGGAAGGGGAGGAGCACUCCACCAACCCUGCUUCCUUCCAAAGUGAGGAAGAAAAAAAAUCCUACUUCGAUAUAUACUUUUACGUCUGCAAAACGCUGUCCACAGUGGACGACAAGACCUUCGUUGUGCAGGCCAUCCAGCAUUACCAGCGUUUGUUGAAUUACGCCGCCAAAAAUAAAAUGUAUGCCGACGAGGGGUACAACGAGUAUAUGCGUGACGUGUGCAGGAAGUCCAUUUGUGUGUUGCGCGGGAAGAUGCUCGAUUUGGGGUAG